AUGUGUUUCAGACCGAUGGAGAUUUCAGCCAAGAGACGAGCUCCGUUCCUCCGUAAGGUCGUCUCCGCCAAGAAACCGACGUCAAGAGACCCUCGGUUUGACGACCUGUCUGGAGAAUACAAACCGGAGAUUUUUGUGGAGACGUAUAAAUUCAUCAAUGACAUCAAACAGAGAGAGAAGGAGAUCGUCAAGAAGCAACUGAAGAGGAUGAAGCCGACCAACGUCCAGAAGAAGGAGAAGCUGCAGUUCCUCCUGAAGAGGAUGGAGAACCAGGAGCGAGCGAGGAAGAGUCAAGAGGAGCAGAGAGAGAGAGAGCUGCAGUUCAAGAGGCAGCAGAGAGAGAGAGCGAGUCAGGGCGACCGACCGUUCUUCCUCAAGAACUCUGAGAAGAAGAAGCUGCAGCUGGCUGAGAAAUACCAGGAGCUGAAGAAGACCGGAAAACUGGACAACUUCCUGAGCAAGAAAAGGAAGAGGAACGCCGGGAAAGACCGCAGGAAGCUGCCCCCUCGAGAGCUGCAGAGCCAAAGCUUUCAGGGACACUAAAACACCUGAAGAAGAACGACGAGCAGCUGGACGGGAAUACAAAGGCCGUUUCUCAAUGUCGAGUAAAGCUGCUGCAGAGCCACUAUUUCAAGUAUACUAUGUCAUCGAGUGGGGCCG